UGUUAGCGCCUGCUCCGUGGGCCCCACGCCCAGGCAGGGUUUGUUGUGGUCUCAGUUCAGAGCUCUGCUGUUGUGCCUUUCACAUUUCCCACCCUAGAGGGCAAAAGUUAGCUUUUCUCUUUUGAAAAUGCAUCCGGGAAUGUGAACAAGCCGAGGUUUUGGAAGGUCAGGGCUUGCAGUGUUUUCCCGGGACCCAAUGAAAUGAGUUGCAUCAGAGGCUUGAAGAAAGAGUUUUUAGCUGGUAGAAGAGAGGAAGGCCAGCUAAUCAGAACAAGGAAUCUGGACCUAUAUUAAGAAAUCAGUAAAUAUUAAAAAGAAGAUGGAUGCAAGAAGAAUGAAGAAAGAAGAAGGACUCACAGAAAACACUGGACUUUUCCUGAAGCUGCUUGAAAAACAUGACCCCUGGCCAGCCUCUGUCACCUAUACCUCUCAGACAGUGCAAAGACUCAUUGAGAAGAGCAAAAACAGAGAACUGGAAUGCAUGCGUGACCUCGAGGAAAGCUCCUGGGCAUCCAGGAAGAAUAAGCCUUCCAGCGUCAUUCAGCUGAAAAGGAGAAAGUUGUCCCAGUCUUCCGGCGAAGUUGUGUUCAGGGACACGCUGUCAGAAUCCACGUUAUCAAUGUGGGGUGCUUAUUCAAUAUCGACCAUGGCUCCUACCAUGAUCCCAGAACCCACGCACUUACAUACGGAUUCCAGAGACGGCCCCACUGAAAACUAUAACAAGAUCAUCUUUGCCCGAAAGCCUGUGAUGAGGAUGCUCCCUACAGUUCGCUACUGACCAACAGGGAGAAACACACAAAUGUUUUUAGCCAGGGGUCCCUGCAGCCAUCCCCCAAGAAUGUACAGCAAUAAAGCUCUAUUUGCCAUGCAUUUCACGGUGUCCUUUAAAUCUGAAAUUGCUCUUGCUCAUGCAGAGCUUGGCUGAGAGAAACCAGAUCAGAAUGUGGGCUGUAGGUAGGUGGGUGUGUGCUCUCCCACACUGCUGUCUGGAGGGGUUGGGCAGUGCUUGACUGCAGUCUCUGCCACAGAUACUCAGCACCAAAAUAUGGGUGAUUUGUCUGGGUCCAGGCAGGAGCCAGAUAUCAUACCAGCUAUUUUAUUAGAGAUAAUAUAAAUAACGAUUAACCAGGUGACGGAAAAGGGCAGGAAGGGAAUACAAAGGUAUCCAUGGAGGUAGCACCACAGGGUGGAGGCAUCACACUUGAGGCUCGGGAACUCAUUGAAAGGUAGUUGCUUGGAGAAAGGAUACGGGACUGAAUCUCAGACUUCUGAGGUGGGGGAGUGGGGGUGCCGCACAACUCGAGCUGGUGUCUCUGAGUUCGGAGGAGAUUCCUUGUGGUGUUGGUGCCCUGGCCUCUGAAUGGGGGAGCUCUUUUGUUGGUGUCUCUGAGGGGACCACCAUGAGGCUGCUUUUGUGAGUGUUGGGAAAACCAAAAACUGCAUUGAAAUCUUUCAGGAAGGAGUUGCCACUGCCCUGGUGAAGAAAAAGCACUCCUAGGGUUAGCAACCUUCCUGGCACGGACAGGAAGCUGAUAGCAAGUGAACAGGAAGCAAACAGGAAGUGAACAAGGAGCCACUUCCUACUUCCUCCUUUAGUCUUGCAGAUUCCUGCUAGUGCACCCUGUGGGCAGAGCCUAUCAGGGCACAAAACUGGAAUGUGGUUUGUAGAAUUCCAGCCCCAGCAUCUCCAAGCAUAGGAUAGAUUUUGAAGCCAAGAGAAAAUUAGCUCUCAGCUGGGUUCUGAGUGAUCCCAUUCCUGAAGCUGCUUGAAAAACACGACCCCUGGCCAGCCUCUGUCACCUAUAUCUCUCAGACCCAGGAAACCAGCUGGGUCAGCCUGUCAUAACUGGAUCCCUCUUGCAUGUGAAGACAAAGGUUGCUUGGAGAUGGAGAAAAGUUCAGCAUAGCUUGCUUUGCGGCCAACUCAGAGCAUGGGUGAACCAAUCCUAGCUGUCCUCUGACAAAUAACAGCUGGAGUCCUGCCAGGAGCAUUUUCCCCAGGCACUCAGCUCCACAAGGCAAACCUCAGAGAAGUGCAGGGGAAAAGAGCUCUCCAUUUCUCAGCAGGGGACACCAUGGUUCCCACUGCCACUUCUUUUGCCCUCCAAGAGAAAAACCUCUCAAUACCAGGUCCGGGAGCAGCUUUGUUCUUGAGAAACCAAGAGACAUCCCUGGCACUCCCAGAAAUAGACAUGGAGCCCUUACUAAGGCCUGAAGUCCAUCACGGGCAGCCAGGGCAUGGAGUGGAAUGCAGGUUAUUCCUAAUGUAACCUCAUCUGUCUGCCCAAGCUUGAGAGGCCUGGGGUAGCUCAGGUUAUGCUAAACAUAUUUAACUUACAUCUCUCAGAGGGACCUGGCUUUCUCUGAUGUUCUGCAGCCGACAGCCUCUCUUCAUUUGUCUCCUCUCCGUAUGGAAUUUUCUGCUUGGCAGGAGAGCUGUUUCAAUUAGCCUCCCUGACGUAGUAGGUUCAUGAAACAUCAGAAUAUGUAUUUUGUUAGUCUGUCUGUGUUGCUCUGUAACUAAGGCCCCAUCUGACACAUAUUGAGCAGCUGUUUUGAGCAGAUUCUUUGGCUCCCUGUACAGAGUGUGGUAUUUACCCAUUUGCAAAUUCCUCGGUUGGUGUUUAAACAGUUGAAGUUUAACCUCAGCAACAUGACAGAGCCUGCUGGUCAUUUUCAUAUUGGCAGGGGCUAUUAGGACAUCAAGUAGUUCCAGAUUCUGCAGCCUCUCUAGAUGUGGCCUGGGAGCAUGUCUUAAAGGAGAUUAGUCUGUGGGACAGAUAAGAGGCUGCAGGAGGCCAGGCGUGGUGGCCCAUACCUGUAAUCCUAGCACUUUG